AUGGACCCUCCGAACGAGACCAAUCUCACUGCCCACAGUUGGCUAUCUGUGAUCACCUUCUUGGUCGUCAUCGUCAUUGUUAUCCGCCCCAUUCGCAUCCCCCUCCCCAUCCCCGUCUACGAGAAGGUGACCGAUGCCGCAACAUCCAUACCUGAUAUUGAUACUGACGGCGAUGGUGUUGCGAAUCGAUCAGUUCAAGAGACGCCACCAACUCUAUCUGAGACUGAUCAGAUCCGGACUCAUUGCGAGGGUGGUUGCCUUAGUAACAGCAUGGCUGUUAAUACUGAUGCGCUUCCUGAAGGAGUCAACCCUCAGAUUGGCCCAACUCCUUCAAGUUCGCAAUUUGAAAAUGGACAAGAAAACAUGGACGACUCCCUGUCUGCCAAGACUCCAGCCACCACCAACAUCAUCAUUACCAACUCCAUCAACAAUGACACCACUGCCACUAACAACAACAACACGAGUGACAAUCUGGAAGGUGGCUCGCAGAAAAGGAAGAAAACUUUUCCUUAUGACAUCACACUCAACAUUGCCACGGCCCCUGUCCUCGGUGUGUUGUUCUUAUUAGCAACACGCUCAAUUAACGGUCAGAGCGUGCGCGAUGGGAUCAUGGGCGAGCCGUCCAGUGGCGUCGAACCCUACGCGGUUAUGGUCCUGUUCUUCUCUCUGGCGUACAUAUGCAUUAGUCUAGAUAUGACAGGGGUGUUCCAAUACGCUGCGUUCUGGAUCUCGCGACGAGGCGGUGGAGGAGGACAAAGGAUCUUCUUGGCGUUUUUCUUGUUGUCGUCGAUUAUGAGUGGUCUUGCCAGCAACGAUGUGGUCAUCUUGACCAUGACUCCCUUUCUGGUGUACUUCUCCCAGGCCGUUGAGUUGGCUACCCCCAUUGCCUUUCUUAUGGCCGAACUGCAGACCGCGAAUAUCGCGUCAAUGGCACUGUACAUCGGAAACCUGACAAACGUGGUGGUCUGCCAAGCCUACAAAAUCUCAUUCGUCGAGUACAGCGCCUGGAUGCUCCUCCCUUGCAUCGCAUCCAUCGCCGCCUGCUACAUCAUGCUCCGAUUCAACUUUCGUCAUGAGAGAUAUAUCCCGAAAUUGAUCAAGAUCCCCAUGGUCGACCCACGGUCGUGUCUGAAGGAUCCUGCGGGGGCUGUGUUCGGACUGGCGGUGUUAGGGUGUUCGUUGGUUUGUUUGAUUGGGACCUCGUUCGCGCAUGUCUCGGUGUGGAUGGUGACGGGACCGUUUGCGAUGAUCGCUUUUGGAAGGGAUGUUUGGUAUGAUGUUCGACGGUAUCGUCAGGCUCAGGGUGGGCUGAGUGAGGUGGAAGAGAAGGAAGAGGAGGAAGAUGGUGGAGAGGUGGAUGUUGUUGGGUUGGAGGGUCUUGAGAUGAACCAAGUGGAGAGUUGGCUACCCGAGAUUGCUGUUCCUGGUCAGGACAUUGUUCUUCCUGUCCAGCUCCACUCGCCUAUGUUGGAAGCAGGCCAGUUGAAGGCUGGUGCCGUAGCUCAAGGAAAGGGUUCCAUUACUAUCGCCGACGAGGUUACCAUCCCUUUCCCAAUUGAGGUAGGAUCAGUCCGGUCUAUGGCUCUCAACACCAGAGCACCCAAGAACACCUUCCUUGGUCGCUUCCAAAGACGGUUCCCGUUGAUCUACGGUAUCGGGAUCCGAAUGCCCUGGUCAAUACUCCCCUUCACCCUCAGCAUGUUUAUCAUGGUCGAAGGGUUAUCCCACUCUGGUUGGAUCGCCAUCUUUGCAACCUGGGCAACCCGUCUGGUGCCCAACUACAUUGCCGCCACCUACGCGAUCGGCUUCAUCUCUGUCCUGCUCUGCAACCUCUUCAACAACGUGCCGAUGACUAUUCUGGUAGCCCGAAUACUCCAGCAUCCAAAUUUCGCGAACUCGCCGUUGACGAUUGACCAGCCGGCGGUUGUGAGGGGUUGUGUAUUGGCGUUAGUGGUCGGGAGCAACUUGGGAGCGUGCACGACGUUGAUAAGUUCUUUGGCGGGGCUGAUGUGGGAUGCAGUGUUGAGGAGCAAGAAUAGUAAUGUUGGGUUCUGGAACUUUUUUAGGUGGAAUAUGGGCGUGAUGCCUGUUGUCAUAUUUGUAGCUCUUUCUGUUGUCGUCGCUGAGUUAACCGUCAUCUAUUGA